GGGUGGGGUUAAUACUACCACUGGGGAAAGAGGAAUGUUUUUUAAGGAGUCUUAAACAACAUUUUAAGACACGUCAGCAAAAGGUAUGUAGGUAGUAUAUAUCUCUGAUCAUUACGCACAAGGUUCGUGGGCAUAAUCAUCAUAGCGCGAGGAGAGAUCAAACCUGUUCGGUACGUGCAGGCUAUAAAGUGUAGUCUACUUUUGCUAGAGUGAUACUGUACCUAUCGUUUUAACAUGCUUUUCUCGUUUAUGACAACGUUAUACAACGAAUUAGGCAUAUAUUUUCACUUAUAGAUUGCCUAAACGUUUAAAGGCGCGCAGUUACCAUGGCAGUGUCAGCUCUAACCGGAUUCUCCGUGGUCAGUUUGCUCAGUCUCGGCUACCUGUCGUGGGACUUAAUGAGUCCGAACCAGGUGGAGAACGAGUCAGUUCCGAACUUUCGAGACCGGUCGCCGGUACCGCAUCCCCCUCACAUCAUCUUCAUCAUGACGGACGACCAGGGAUUCAACGAUAUCGGUUACCACGGCUCCGACAUCCAGACACCGACGCUGGAUAAACUGGCCGCGGAUGGAGUGAAGCUGGAGAACUAUUACAUACAGCCCAUAUGCACGCCAUCUCGCAGUCAGCUGAUCACCGGCAGGUACCAGAUCCACACUGGCCUGCAGCACUCCAUCAUCCGACCCCGUCAGCCCAACUGCCUUCCCUUUGACCAGGUCACCCUUCCCCAGAGACUGCAGGAGGCUGGCUACUCCACCCAUAUGGUAGGCAAGUGGCACCUGGGCUUUUACAAGAAGGAGUGCCUGCCCACUCGCCGAGGCUUUGACUCCUACUUCGGUUCUUUGACAGGCAGCGUGGAUUACUACACCUACAAGUCAUGUGACGGCCCAGGGAUGUGUGGUUUUGACCUCCACGAGGGGGAGACGGUGGCAUGGGGUCAGGGGGGGAAGUAUUCCACCCAUCUGUACACCCAGAGAGUGAGGAAGAUCUUAGCCGCCCACGACCCUCAGGCUCAGCCUCUGUUUAUAUACCUCUCCUUCCAGGCGGUGCACACACCUCUCCAGUCCCCGCGGGAGUACAUCUACCCAUACCGCGGCCUGGGCAAUGUGGCCAGGAGGAAAUAUGCAGCCAUGGUGUCAGCUGUAGAUGAAGCGGUGAGGAAUGUGACCUAUGCCCUCCGCAAGUAUGGCUACUACCAGAACAGCGUCAUCAUAUUCUCCACUGACAACGGAGGCCAGCCCUUCUCCGGGGGUAGCAACUGGCCUCUGAGGGGGCGUAAGGGCACCUACUGGGAGGGGGGCGUGAGGGGGCUGGGCUUUGUCCACAGCCCCCUGCUGAGGCGCAAGAGGAGGGUGAGCAAGGCCCUAGUGCACAUCACCGACUGGUACCCCACGCUGGUUGGGUUGGCUGGGGGAAACGCGUCACAGACCGAGGGGCUAGAUGGGUAUGACAUGUGGGGGGCCAUCAGUGAGGAGAAGGAGUCCCCCCGACUGGAGAUCCUCCAUAACAUCGACCCUCUCUACAACCCGGCCCGGAGCGGCUCCCUGCAGAGUGGCUAUGGCAUCUGGAACACAGCCAUCCAGGCCUCCAUCCGCGCAGGCGACUGGAAGCUCCUGACCGGAGACCCCGGAUACGGAGACUGGACCCCGCCCCAGAUGCUCCCCGGCUUUCCCGGCGGCUGGUGGAACCUGGAACGCCACCUGGAACCUCAGAAGUCAGUAUGGCUCUUUAACAUCAGCGGAGACCCAUACGAACGCUACGACCUGGCCGAGCAGCGACCGGACGUGGUCAAAGAGCUCCUGGCGCGGUUGGUGUUCUACAACCGGACUUCUGUCCCGGUGCGGUACCCCUCUGAGGACCCCAGGGGCGACCCAGACCUGAACGAGGGUGCGUGGGGACCGUGGGUGGGGGACGAGGAGGAGGACCACUGGAACGGGGUUUACCACAAAAAGACCAAGGACAGGAAGAAGUACAAGCUGUCCAAAACCAAAUCCUUCUUCAGGAGACUUAACACUAGAAUCAUGUCUAACCGGAUAUAGGAGCUGCUUUAGUCUUAAGCCUCCCUAUAGAGAUGAUGUGGAACCAGACUUUUAAAGCAAUUACUUGUUUACACUCCACAAGAUGUAUGUUUCUGUAAGUCUUUUGUAAACAGUGGCUAUAUGAUUUGUGAUCACAAUAAGGUUGACUAUGGAAUUUUGAGUUGAGUUGAGUCCAACUACGCAGACCUGUGACAGUAGCUCUUGCUGUAUGUUUUCUGCUGAUAAAAUGAAGGAUCAGCAACAAAUAGACUUAUGGAUGAUUUAUCUAUUCUCUAUUAUACUGUAGGAUAGUUGUUGAUAUUCAAGCUAACCCAUGUUUGAAUGGGUUAUGUCAGAGACACUGUAUACUUUUCUGUUUCUGUUGGAGAAUCCCUUGAGUGAUUCAUUUGAAUAUGAAUAAAUAUGAAAAAGUUCAAGA